UCUUUCUCUCUCUUUCUUACAAUAAUUACAUUAAAAUUUAUAAUUAAAACCUUGCGUAUAUUUAUGAGAAUAGGUUAUUAGCAAAGUAUAUUAUAAAUAAUAAUUAAUGGGGAGUAUUGACAUAUAUAAAAUAAUCAUGAGACUUUAGACCGAGCAGAAAGCUAGAGUUCAUUAUUAUUAUUAAAGUUGUUGCAAGUAUUAUAAUAAUUACAUCCAUUAGGGUUUAAUAAAUAUUUCGACUCUUACGGCGAGUGAAUCAGUUGAAAAAUGUCUAUUAGUGAAAGAGUGUCUUGUUAUAUCGUAAAGAAUUAUGAUUCGUUCAUUUGUCAAUUAGCUUUUAAUCUCUUUACAAUUAUUUUCAAUUAUUUAAUUGUACUGUGAGAAUUGAAUUGAGAAGUGAUUAAUUCCUUUUCUAACGACUGCAUAUUCCGGUUUAAAAUGUACUUAUUAAAUAAAAUGUUUCAUUACAUUGUAAGUUUUGAUGACCCACGUAUAAAAGACUGGAUAUUAUUUAAUUCGCCAUAUCCAAUUGUUCUUAUAAUCUCUUCGUAUCUUUAUUUCGUUCUCGCUUGUGGUCCUCGAUUUAUGAAGGAUAGAAAGCCAUAUUCUUUGAAAACGUUUAUAAGAUAUUACAAUAUAUUUCAAAUCGUAAUGAACAAUUUCAUUGUUUAUAAAUUACUAAAGGGAGGUUGGUUUACCAGAAUUUCGAUAUAUUGCGAACCAAUUAUCUACGGUACAGAUCCCGCUCGUAUGGAGUUGUUAGAAGGCAGCUGGUGGGCGUUGUUAACAAAACUUGUUGAUUUAAUAGAAACAGGAAUUUUUGUUCUCCGAAAGAAAAAUCGACAGAUUUCAUUUCUACAUUUGUAUCACCAUGUCUCAACGGUGUUACUUGGUUGGAUGUUUGGAAAAUAUUACGCCGAUGGAAUGGGUACAUUUAUACCAUUAGUGAAUUGUACCGUUCACGUAAUAAUGUACACCUAUUAUUUCCUCAGUACGUUUGGUCCAAAUGUUCGAAAAGUUAUUCAUCGAUAUAAAUUCUUACUUACCAUCACUCAAAUGGUACAAUUCGUAAUAUUGAUUUGUCACGCCUCGCAAACGUUCUUACCGAGCUGUGAUAUGGAUAAAAUACCUCCUCUGAUGAUGAUUAUUAAUCUUUUCAUUAAUUUCGCACUGUUUUAUAAUUUCUACGAGAAAAAUUAUUUAAUUAAGAAAACUAAACAAAGUUAAUGUAAAUGUUAAAUGUUUAAAUAUAAAAUGUAACUUUUCGUUAUUUAUUACUUAUAUACUUCAUAGAAA